AAACUGCUUUUAAUUAUACAAUUUUCAGCAAAUCGCUGUAACUUCUCUUCUUUUUUUCAUACUAAUGGUUUUUCUGCGUGGAGGAUGUCAUGUUUCGCCAAAGUUUCUUCGGCUCGUCAAACAUUGUGUCAAUGUCUCAUGGUGUAAAGUCAAAUACUUUAGUACUCGUGAUGCAACUGAUGAAAUGUUCCCAAACUUUUAUAAACUUGAGCUUGAACCUCCUCCCGAUUUUCUGGAAGAACGAAUCAAGAUGUUUGACAAACUGAAGGCAAAUUAUGACUCGGAAAUAAAUGCAAAGGCUUCUCUGAACGAAACAAUAAAAAUAACCUUGCCAAAUGGGAAUGAAAUCGAAGGCAUUGCAUGGAAGACAACACCAUUUGAUGUUGCUCUAUCAAUAAGUCAAGGUUUGGCAGACAAUGCUGUCAUUGCUAAGGUGAAUGGCGAGGUUUUUGAUCUAGAUAGACCAUUAGAGAAUGAUUCCAACCUGGAACUUUUAAAAUUUGAUGACAAAGAAGCUCAACAGGUAUUUUGGCAUUCAAGUGCUCAUAUAAUGGGUGAAGCGAUGGAACGGCAUUAUGGUGGUCUGCUGUGUUAUGGUCCUCCCAUUGAAGAAGGAUUUUAUUAUGAUAUGUUCUUAGAUGAAAAACAAGUUUCCAGCAAUGACUUCAUAAGUUUGGAGGCAUUAAUCAAAGAAAUUGUCAAAGAGAAGCAGAAAUUUGAGAGAUUGGAGAUCAAAAUUGAAGAUUUGCGAGAAAUGUUCAAGUAUAACCCAUUCAAGAUGCGAAUCAUAAAUAAGAAAAUCAAAACUCCUACAACAACCGUUUAUAGAUGUGGACCAUUGAUUGAUUUAUGUCGUGGACCGCAUGUUCGUCAUACUGGCAAAUGUAAAUCUAUUGCUUUAACCAAGAAUUCUGCCACAUAUUGGGAAGGUAAUUGUGAAGCGGAAUCUUUACAGAGAAUUUAUGGCAUUUCAUUUCCACAGGAUAAACAGCUGAAAGAAUGGAAGAAAUUCCAAGAAGAAGCAGCAAAACGCGAUCAUCGUAAGAUUGGCCAGGAACAAGAACUAUUUUUCUUUCAUGAACUAAGUCCUGGGAGCUGUUUUUUCCUUCCAAAUGGAGCCCACAUUUACAAUACUCUUGUGAAUUUUAUCAAGGAGGAAUAUUGGAAGCGUGGGUUUCAAGAAGUUGUUACACCAAAUAUCUACAGCACCAAACUGUGGAUGACGUCAGGUCAUUGGCAACAUUAUUCUGAGAAUUUAUUCAAGUUUGAAAUAGAAAAGGAAGUUUAUGCUCUUAAGCCAAUGAACUGUCCUGGACAUUGUUUGAUGUUCGAUCAUCGCCCUCGCUCCUGGCGUGAGUUACCAUUGCGUAUGGCUGAUUUUGGCGUGUUACAUCGAAACGAGUUAUCUGGUGCAUUGAGUGGACUUACAAGAGUUAGAAGAUUUCAACAAGACGAUGCUCACAUUUUUUGUACAAUGGAUCAGAUCUCAUCAGAAAUAGACAGUUGUCUUGACUUCUUACGUUCUGUUUACGAUAUCUUUGGUUUUACCUUCAAUGUUGAGCUAUCAACUCGACCUGAGAAAUUCAUGGGUGAACUGGCUACAUGGAACGAAGCUGAACAGAAACUGACGGAAGCUCUGAAUAAAUUUGGUCAAAAAUGGCAGAUAAAUCCUGGGGAUGGAGCUUUCUACGGUCCUAAGAUUGAUAUUAAAAUUUUUGAUGCUUUGAGACGGUCUCAUCAAUGUGCAACGAUUCAACUGGAUUUCCAGCUUCCUGAGAGAUUCAACCUCACGUACGCUAGUGGUGAAGGAGAUGAAAAAUUACGUCCUGUUAUUAUACAUCGAGCUAUUCUAGGUUCAGUUGAAAGAAUGAUUGCUAUUCUUACUGAAAGCUUUGGUGGAAAAUGGCCUUUAUGGCUGUCUCCCCGUCAAGUUGUAGUAAUUCCUGUCAGUAAUAAAUACGAUGAUUAUGCCGAACAGGUUCAAAAGAAGCUCCAUACAGCUGGUUAUCGUGUUGAUACAGACUUGGAUCACGGAUCAACACUAAAUAAGAAAGUUCGGAAUGCACAACUUUCACAGUACAACUUCAUUCUUGUUGUUGGUGAAAAAGAGAUGGUCUCAGAAACGGUCAACGUCAGAACACGUGACAACAAGGUACUCGGUGAAAAGUCGGUCAUGGCCGUAAUCGAACGCUUGCGAGACUUAGUCAGCUCACGAAGUCUGACAAGCGAAGAAGAUUUUUGAAGUAAAACAACAUUUUUAUUUUUAUAGUAAAGAUAAAAUGAAUUUACUCACAAAAAUAAAUUUGAAUGUAAAUCCCAUGAUACGUCGCAUUAAUAGAAAAAUAGCAAGCCAAAAAGCUGAAUUCGGAAGCCGACAAAGAUGGUUGUGCUUCGACUUCAACAAAGAUGGUAUGCGUUUGACAAAGAAGCCAAGAGAGCUCAUCGAAAUCAACCAAUGAAAUCGAUCGGACCACCAAAUGAUCUUAAUAAACGUCAAUCACUUUACAUAACGGUAGAUGCCCUCAAGACUCGAAAGUGAAAGGAAGAAUGAGUAAAAGUCUACAUAUUCGAUUUGAUAAUAUCAAUGUUGACGGAUUUGAGAUUAUUGACGCUUGUCUACCAUUAUUUGAAUCUAUAACGCAAGAUGUGAAGAAAGUUGAC